AUGCGCACGCGCACGAGAGGCGACUGGUUCAGCAGUGGUACUGAGAGCAGCAUCUGCACAGCACACGAGUGCAAAGUGAAGCCCUCAAGCAGGUGGUGGAGGAGAUGCAGCCGCUCGUUCGCUCUUGCUUCUCCUCCGUGUAUGAAGAUUUGUUUUGAGACGUCUCAAAAACAAAUCUUCUCUUGGUUCCCUCCUCCUCUUCUCCCCUCGUCUCCCCUCUACUCCCCUCUUCUCCCCUCUUCUCCCCUCUUCUCCCCUUGUCUCCCCUCUUCUCCCCUCGUCUCCCCUCUUCUCCCCUUCCAGCAGGUGGUAGAGGAGAUGCAGCCGCUCGUUCUCUCUUCCUUCUCCUCCGUCCCUCUUCUCCGAUCUUAUCCCCACUCUGCUCAGCUGAGGGCGCUGAUAGUGGCACAGCAGCAGCAGGAGGAGACGGCAUUGGAGCAUGUGAGGCGAGUAGUGGGGGAGUGUUUGCUUGCUCUCUCUGUUGGCACCGUCUCUCCUUCUGAGUCGACUCAAAAGCCGUCUCUCCUCCCUCUGUUGCGCGUGCCUGCUCCCCCAUUCCCUCCUCAGCUGAGGGCGCUGCGGGUGGCACAGCAACAGGUGGUGGAGGAAACAGCAUUGGAGCAUGUGAGGCGAGUGGUGGGGGAGAUGCAGCAGCUGAAGCAGCAGCUCGAUGGCAUGGAGGAAGCAGCAAAGGCUCUGGCAGAGAGUGUAGCGGAGCAGGCUAAAGCGAGGAUGCAGCAAGAGGAGGAGGAGGAUGACCGGCGGCUGCUGCAGACUAUGGACCAAACUGCACUCGAACGGCUGCUGGGGUAUGGGAGAGAGGAGACGGGAGCGAGUGGGAGGCAGGAAAAGGACGGCGGUGGGAGUGGCAAGUGA